AUGUCAGAUUUAAGCUUCCUGCUUCCCUUAGAAAUCACUACCGAUAUCAUGUUAAGGUUGCCUAUCAAGUCCAUAGUCACAUGUGCAUCAGUCUGCAAAUCAUGGAAUUCUCUUAUCAAAAGCUCCGCCUUCACUGAGAACCAUCUCCACUGCACCAUCCAAUCCUACCGCCGAAAAGAUGUUCACAUCCUUUUGUUAAGGGAGCGAAAGGAGAUUUACUCGUUGUAUCGGAAUAACCCUUCUGCACUUGGUUCUGAUCAGUAUGUCGAGCUUCCAUAUCCAUCAAAAUUUGUUUUCCCAGAGUUACAUUAUCUCAGCGAGUAUCAUAUCGUAAGCGGAACUUGUAACUGGCUCGUAUGUCUUGCUUUUGGAUAUGAUAUUUCUAUGCAAGAGUACCCCAUAAUAAUUUGGAACCCUACGGUUAGGAAGUUUGUACUCUUGCCAAGGCCUAGUUUUAUUUGGGAUUCGUAUUUUGAUCAAUCUGGUGGAUACCAUUGUCGUGUUAAAUGGCCUCGACAAACUCAUGCAUUUGGCCAUGAUUCGAGAAGCAACGACUAUAAGGUUUUGAGAAUAGUAAGUGGUCUUGAAGAAGAACCAGCAGUUAGGGUUGAAGUUUACUCGUUAGCUAGAGGAUCGUGGAGGCCUCUUGAUGUUGCUGUACCUGCUUGUUUCAAGCCUCAAUGUAUAUCUAGUUUCAUCAAUGGUGCUUCGCAUUGGAUUCAAACCCUUGACAAAGUAGGAAAGCGAAGAGAUCAGGAUGAUGAUGAGUAUGUGAUUGUGUUGUUCAAUAUGGAAACUGAGUUAUUUGGUGAGAUGCAGAUGCCUGAAGCUUUAAGAAAAUACAAACCACGUACGUCUUACAUCAUUUCAAAAUACGAGGAGUGCCUAGCCUUGAUUGAAACCGGAAGACAAAGGGAGCUCAAUGUCCUUCAAGUUUGGGUUAUGAAAGAGUAUGGAGUGGUGGAAUCGUGGACUAGAUUAUACAAGAUUUCUGGCCUUGUAAGUAUUCCAUUAGACCCUUUUGGUUUCAAAAGCAGUUGUGAAUUAGUACUGAGCAUGCAGUUAGGCCGUCUAAACCCUCUGCAAACUGUGAAUUUUGAGAACGGAGAAGUGAAAGAUUUUGUCAUCGACGAACAUCACACAUCAACACGUCUACCUCAACCCUUGAGACCAGGGUACGAUUCGGUGAAGUCUUAUUUUGUAGAAAGCCUUGUCUUGUUUGACCAUCCAAGCGCUACUUCUUACUUCUAG